AUGGAAAAUGAAUCUGGAGUCAGUGAAUUUCUUCUGCACGGAUUCCCUGAUACUAAGGAACUAUUGAUAGUCCAUAUUGUUCUUUUUUUAAUAAUUUAUUUGGUAGCACUUAUUGAAAAUAUCAUCAUCAUCACUGUCAUUGUUUAUAGCCAUCAACUCCAUUCACCCAUGUACUUUUUUCUAGUCAAUCUAUCCUUGCAAGAUCUUGGCUCCAUCUCUGUCACAGUCCCCAAAUCAAUGUUGAAUUCUUUGAUGAACACAGAAGCCAUUUCUUACUCCGGAUGUCUCUGCCAGGUUUUCUUCCUUGUUUUCUUUAUGAUGUCUCACUUCUUUCUCCUGUGUGUCAUGGCCUAUGAUCGUUAUGUAGCCAUCUGCAAUCCACUGCAUUAUGAGACUAUAAUGAGCAAAAAAGCCUGUAUCCAAAUGGUGACUAGUGUUUGGAUGGGUGGGCUGUCUUAUUCUAUGCUAUAUACAGGAAAUUUGUUUUCUGGGAAGUUCUGUUCUAAAAUUAUCUAUCAGUUCUUCUGUGAAAUCCCUCAACUGCUCAAGAUAUCUUGCUCUACCUCAUAUGUUGCAGAAGAAUGGUUAAUCAUUGUCGGUUCUUCUUUAGCAUUCAUUUUUUUUGUUCUAAUUGUGUUUUCAUAUGUGAAGAUUUUUAAAGCUGUUUUUCAAAUCCCAUCUAUCCAAGGGAAGCAGAAGGCCUUCUCUACUUGCUUACCUCAUCUUCUAGUGAUUUGUCUGUUUCUGGUAAGUGGUACCUUUGCAUACCUGAAGCCCAUAUCCAGCUCCCCAUCAACAUCAGACAUCCUGGUUUCUAUGUUUUACUGUGUGGUGCCACCAAUCAUGAAUCCAUUGAUCUACAGCAUGAGGAACAAGGAACUCAAAAUGGCAAUCUGGAAACUGAUCCUCAAUAUUUUUUCCAACACCUUGCCCCCAAUUUUUCAGUUUUUUGUAGUUUAA